UCCUGGUAGUUUUCAACCUCAACCCCACCUGGGACUUUUUUUUCUUCCUUCCCUCCUUUCCCCACCCAGCUCCGGGUCAUCAGCUCUGGUUCCGCCGGUACUCCGCUCUCGGCUCGGCCCGUGCGUCAGGGGGCGGGGGCACUACCGCUGCCACGUCUGGGCAACGGCGGCGCAGCUGGAGGCGCGGGCGAAGCGCGAGGAGGGGGAGCCGGAACCGGAGCCGGAGCCGGAGUCGGAGGGGAAGUCAGAACCGGAUGCGGAUUUGGCGCCGCGAAACUGGGUAAUUGCCUGUGGUUUUUUUUUGAAUAAAUAAUUGCUGAAUAAGAGAAGUACAAUUACAGUACCUUAUGAAGCAGAGAGUCAGCCUUCACUGCAAUCAUGAGCCCUGAUGAAACACCUAUGUUUGACCCAAGUCUAUUGAAAGAUGUGGACUGGAGCCAAAAUACUGCAACCUUUUCUCCAGCUAUUUCCCCUACACACCCAGGAGAUGGUUUGGUUUUGAGGCCUCUUUGUACUGCUGAUCUAAACAGAGGAUUUUUUAAGGUACUUGGUCAGCUGACAGAAACUGGAGUGGUCAGCCCUGAACAAUUUAUGACAUCAUUUGAACACAUGAAGAAAUCAGGGGAUUAUUAUGUUACAGUUGUAGAAGACGUCACUAUAGGACAGAUUGUUGCUACAGCUACUCUGAUAAUAGAACAUAAAUUCAUUCAUUCAUGUGCAAAGAGAGGAAGAGUAGAAGAUGUUGUUGUAAGUGACGAAUGCAGAGGAAAGCAACUGGGAAAACUGUUAUUGUCAACUCUUACUCUGCUAAGUAAAAAGCUGAACUGCUACAAAAUUACUCUUGAGUGUCUCCCACAAAAUGUUGGUUUUUAUAAAAAGUUUGGAUAUACUGUAUCUGAAGAAAAUUACAUGUAUCACAGGUUUAAGUAAUGAUAGCAAAAAUCGUUUUUAGACCAUCAGCAAAGAAGUUUAUUGCUAUUAGGUUAUUCUUUUGGAAAAUCAGAGUAUUUUAUUCCUACAAAACCCAUACCCCAGCCUCCCCUAAAACACUGAAGAAAUAUUUUAGUCACAAGUUUGGCAUAUUAUUAGAAGAUUAAAUCGGAUUGGUGGAGCAUGAUGUUAUGAAGGAGAUGACUUUUAACCAAAGGAAUAUAUUUUUAACUUGAAUUUUUUCCUGUAUUUUUCUAAAGUUGGGAUUUAUUUCUUUGUAGUCAAAGUAUAGAGUAUAUGUUUACUAUCUGUACUUCUUAUUCAAAAGAAACAAGAUUGUCUAAGAGAAUAUCCUGUAGUGUACAAAAAUUAUUACAUAACUAAUUUCUUUAAUUAUAAUCAAAACUUAUACUGAUAUGGGUUUAAUUUCAGGCUGACUUCACUGAAUACAGAGAUAUUUGGGGACUCUAAUAAAUAAUACUGGCAAAUAUCAGAUUAUGGUUUUAUAAAGCUUCACAUAUAUUUUAAUUUGAUGUAUAAAAACUUAAUUGAAUAUAGUUCUUAUGGAGGGGAAAUGAAAUCCAAAAUAAGGAGCUGUUUUAUUUGUGAAAUGAAUGUAAUGUAGCUCAUUUUAUCCAACUAUGUUAACAUGAUUUGAUUUCCACUGAAUCUGAGCAUCCAUAUUUGUCUAAUUGCCACACAUUGUGGCAACCUCAUUUUUCCCUGAUUUUGAAAGAUUUAUCUCACAGCUUUUCAUUCAUGCUAACCCACAUCGUUUCAAUUACCCUUCUAAUUAACAUUUUAUGGAAAAAUCAUUGCUUUUGUUGCAUUCAUAAAAUUUUAUGGGAAUUUUCUCAGUGGUAAUAUGCACUUUUUAUUAUUUGCUGUUUUCCGAUUUUAUUUUUAGGGUAAAAUAAAAGCCUAAAAUUACUAUUCAUCUGACUAGUUUGAUGAUAGAAUUGUAAAUUUUUCAUGUGCUUCCUUCUAAUAAUUUUUUAACAUCUAAGACCUCAGGUAAUGGUAAUAGCUAUUUGCAGAAUAAUUGAAGAUCAUUUGCUUUGCUUCUCUUACCCAUCAGGAUGGCAUAAUAGCUUAUGCUUUCCUGGAUAUACAUAUAUAACCAACCAAGUUUGUUUUCAUUUUUUAUGAAAGAAGAAUAAUAGUGCUAACAUUUUUAGUAAGCCAUAAAAGCUAUCCAGAAUUUUAUGAAAAAAAAAAAAAAAAAAAGCAAAAUUGAUCCAUAUAGUUGAUUUGAAAACUUGUGAAAUAAGUAGUCUUGCCCUGUUCAUAAGAGCUUAUCCUCAGCUAAGGACAUAGAAUCCUUUAGUAUUUGAAGGGCUAUGACAUGGAAGAGGGGAUCAGAUUUAUUCUGCAGUGAACAGAAGUUGCAGAAAGGUCAACUUCAGGAAUGCCUGAAGUGGAUUCUUGGACUAGAUGAUCUUUCUGAUCUUUUCCAACUCUGAGAGUCUGUGAUAUAAGUCUACUUUCCACAAAAUCAUUUGUAUAGUUUUGCUUAAGUAAAUAUAAACUUAAAAAAACAAAUAUCAAAAUGUUUUGGUGAUUUUAAUAGAUUCAAAACAACUGAAAUCUAUUCACAUUUUUGCAUAACUGGACCACAUUCUUAAGAAAGGUAUUUAAAUAUCAUGGGUCUUGAGACUAAGAAUGGAAUGUUUUAUUUAUUCAUGAUAAUAAGUGGGCUAACAUCACUGUUUAAAAUGAAUUCUUUUUUUCAGACAUGAUGGCAUAAGAUACUAAAUGUAUUUUGUACAGAAUAAGUUUCACAAAAUAAAUUUGUAGUAUUUUGUGCCAGGCCUCACAGCUUCUUCAACUGUGGCAUUCCUAUAUACUUAGCACUUUGUCCAAGAUACAUUUAUUAAAAGUAGAGUAAAUCAAGCACAUUACUUAUACAAAGACAUAGCCUGUUCUUUUUGAAUAAUUUAGCUGCAUAAUAAAAUUACAACUACAUGUCAGUAAAAUAUGAGUAAUUCAGGAUACAUCUUGAACUGUGAGGUAUGACAUCUCCCUGUAGGAAGAAGUUAAUACUUAAAACUGGUUGCUUAAAAGUGAUUUUUAGCUGCCAUGAAGGAAUGAAAAGAAAUUCCAUCAUUCAAAAGCUGUUGAUGGUCCCGGAGAUUAAUAUUUUUUUGUAAUGAAGUAAAAACUUAUUAGCAGUUUCAGUUACUAAGUAGUUUUGAAAACACAAUGAUUCAGAUGAAUACUGAUAUGAAACUUUGUAUUGGUAUGUAAUAACCUAGACUGGUCACUGCUGUAAAAGAAUGUAGGUGGUUGUAGACAUUUACUGUACACAAAAUUGAGGUCUUGAUAUGUAUAUCCCAGCUUCCGAAUCCAGAUUUCACUUAAAUUACUAGGAAUAAAAUGUUUAUAAAGUUAGAAAUGUUUAAGAGGAAAGGAAGGAAAGGAAAUAUUUGACAUUUUCAGACAAUAUUUCUUGGUCCUGCUCAAGCAUUAGAUUAAGUUAAUUAGUGGUAAAGUUUUAACAUUAGCUUUCUCUCUUAAAGUCCACACCUUAAAGAAGUAACUGGCAAGCAGAUUACUGUCAACUUUUUUAUGGGCUAGAGAAAGCACAUGAACAAAAUGACUUAUGGUUAGAAAGUAAAUGUUUAAUUCUAUCACUUAAAACAAUCAUUGGUCAAAUGUUACUUUUUUCUUCAAUAAAGAAUAGUAAAGUAGA